ACACGAAUCCAAAACGCAGCGAGUGCAACCAACCAGCAGCAACAACAACCAGCGCCGCUGCCCCGCCUAUAAACAGCAACCCAACAGUGCCCAUCAGCCGCGGCGCGUUCGAUUCGAUUCGAGAUCAAAAUCCCGAACACCCGGCCAGAGCGAGAGCGAGCGAGAAGGUGGGCGUCGAGGCUGGCCGCCGCCGCGAGGAUAGCGGCGCCCGUGCGCGCGAUGAUGGCCUGGUGGCGCAAGAAGGUCGUCUUCCCCGCGCGCCGCGCGCUCGCCGCCGUCUCCACCCGCGUCCGCUCCCGCAAGACAGGCGGUGGAGGCAGCAUACUGAAGCUUCACGAGGACGUGCAGACCUGCGGAUACAAGGACGUGCAGGUGAUGUUCGAGAUGCUGACGUCGGAGCUCGAGGACCCCAAGAGGCGCAAGCAACAGACGGCGGCCUCCUGGAGGCCGCCCUCGGCGUGGCCCGCCCGGUCGUCGUCGUCGAUCGCGGCCGCGGCGCAGUAGAGACCCUGAGGACGACAUGGAAGGAACAGGCAGCUCGGUUUGGUGGCACCGGUCCAUAAUAACAAGACGAGGAGGAGGGCCGAUUUAGUAAGUAAGUAAGUACCCUGUGGUAAUAGUGUUAAUUAGUCAGUCUGGCGACUCAAUGCCUGAUGCCAGGUAUCGAUCAGUCCCCCUGCCCGUCGACUCUCCGGGAAGAAGAGCGAGGGUUUCAGUUUCCAGAGCGCGUCGCAAGCCUCUGAAAGUCUGAAUGUUUUCUGUACAUGUUGCAUGUCGAUUGCGCCGAAUUCUCGCAAGCUCGGAGAAACGAUGGAGCAAGAGGGGUUUACAUUUCAAUCAACCAUAUAUAAAUAUCCGGUUUCUCUGUCGUUCAUA